UUCAAACCGGGCGGCGGUGGCGCGGGGCUGCCGGUCGCACAGCGUCGCAAGCGUUCUCUGGUAGAACGCGGGUCCCGGGAUCCCCGGAGCCCAGUCCUCUUUCACUGCGCUCCCCCGGCGUGUGUGGGACGGACGUGGACAUGGAGCCACAGAGAUCCAUCCCAAAGGAAAUUGCCCUGCUGGGAAGGAGGGAGGACCCCAGCCAAAUUGUGCAUCCUAAGCCCGCCCUGUUAGAAGUGAAGGGGAACGUAGAGCUGAAGAGACCCCUGGUUAAGGCAUCUUCCCGGCUUCCUCUCUCAGAAAACAGACUCAAGAGGGGACCUGACCAGAUGGAGGAUGCCUUGGAGCCUAAGAAGAAGCGGACACGAGGCCUGGAUGCACCAACCAAAAUUGCCACAUCCUACCCCAGAGCACCACCCCUCACCACAGUGCCACAGACCACAGCUCAAAAAGUUUCCAAGAAGACAGGGCCUCGGUGUUCCACAGCUAUUGCCACAGUGGUGAAGAACCAGAAGCCAGUCCCCGCUGUUGCUGUCCAGAAGCCUGGCACAUCAGCUGUUCCUCCCAUGGUGGGAGGGAAGAAACCCAGCAAACGUCCAGCCUGGGACUUAAGGGGUCAGUUAUGUGACCUAAAUGCAGAGCUGAAAUGCUGUCAUGAGAGGACUCAAACACUGGACAAGGAAAACCAGCAGCUGCAGGACCAGCUCAGAGAUGCCCAACAACAGGCCAAGACCCUGGGGAUACAGCGUGGGACACUGGAAGGAGAGUUGGCCAGGGUACGGGCCCAGGCUGAGCAGGGCCAGCAGGAGCUGAAGAACCUCAGUGCCCGUGUCCUGGAGCUGGAAGCACGACUGGGCACGCAGGAGGGCUUGGUUCAGGAGCUCCAGAAAGAACAGCUGGAAUUGCAGGAGGAGCGGAGGCAACUGACCUCCCGACUAGAAGAACAAGAGAGGCGGCUGCAGGUAUCAGAAGCAGCUCUGUCAAGCAGCCGAGCAGAGGUGGCAUCUCUGCAGCAGGAGGCCGCAACCCAGGCAGCCUUAUUGGCUGAACGAGGAGAACGUAUCUAUGGGCUAGAAAUGGAGCGCCGGCGACUGCACAACCAGCUGCAGGAACUUAAGGGCAACAUCCGUGUAUUUUGCCGGGUCCGCCCUGUCCUUCCAGGGGAGCCUGCUCCACCCUCUGGCUUCCUCCUAUAUCCCUCUGGCCCUGGUGGACCCUCUGAUCCUCCAACCCGCCUUACCCUCUCCCGGACUGAUGAACGGCGUGGGACCCUAAGUCGGGCGCCAGCCCCCACCACCUGCCACGACUUCUCCUUUGACCGGGUAUUCCCACCAGGGAGUGGACAGGAUGAAGUGUUUGAGGAGAUUUCCAUGCUUGUCCAAUCAGCCCUGGAUGGCUAUCCCGUUUGCAUCUUUGCCUAUGGCCAGACAGGCAGCGGCAAGACCUUCACAAUGGAGGGUGGGCCUGGGGGAGACUCCCAGUUGCAGGGGCUGAUCCCUCGGGCCCUGCGGCAUCUCUUCUCCGUGGUCCAGGAGCUAAGUGGCCAGGGUUGGACCUACAGCUUUGUGGCAAGCUACGUAGAGAUCUACAAUGAGACCGUCCGAGACCUCCUGGCCACCGGAACCCGGAAGGGCCAAGGGAGCGAGUGUGAGAUCCGCCGUGCAGGGCCAGAGAGUGAGGAGCUUACUGUCACCAAUGCUCGAUAUGUCCCUGUCUCCUGUGAGAAAGAAGUGGAGGCCCUGCUCCGUCUGGCCCAUCAGAACCGGGCUGUGGCCCGCACUGCCCAGAAUGAGCGAUCAUCACGUAGCCACAGUGUGUUCCAGCUACAGAUCUCUGGGGAACACUCCAGCCGAGGCGUGCAGUGUGGGGCCCGCCUCAGCUUUGUGGACCUGGCUGGGAGUGAGCGGCUUGACCCUGGCUUAGUCCUCGGCCCUGGGGAGCGGGAACGCCUCCGGGAAACACAGGCCAUUAACAGCAGCCUGUCUACAUUGGGGCUGGUCAUCAUGGCCCUGAGCAACAAGGAGUCCCACGUGCCUUACCGGAACAGCAAGCUCACCUACCUGCUGCAGAACUCUCUGGGCGGCAGCGCUAAGAUGCUCAUGUUUGUGAACAUUUCCCCACUAGAAGAAAAUGCCUCUGAGACCCUCAACUCGCUACGCUUUGCCUCCAAGGUGAACCAGUGUGUUAUUGGUACUGCUCAGGCCUGCAGGAAAUGAAGACCGAUCCAGAUGCUGUAUGUGUGUACUUGGGGGUGGGUGCUGAACCAGUGUGGUAUUGGUACUGCUCAGGCCUGCAGGAAGUGAAGACGAUCCAGAUGCUAUAUGUGUGUACUUGGGCGGGGGGUGGUUCUGAGGGAUGUUUAAUUGGGUGGAGGGUGCUAUGUAUGAAGAAUAAAGAACAGUUUAGACAAAUGCAAUAAAACCUUUAUUUUAAACUGUUUAUUCUUCAAUGAAAUGCAAUAAAACCUUUAUUUUAAACUGUUUAUUCUUUAAUCAAAUGCAAUAAAACCUUUAUUUUAAACUGUUCUUUAUUCUUUAGGCAACUGCAGUAAAACCUUUAUUUUAAACUGUUCUUUAUUCUUUAAAAUAAAGGUUUUAUUGCAGUUGCCUAAGGAGAAGGGUUCUUUUCCUAUCUGUUAAGGUGGGAGCUGUGGAUGUCCAUUUUGCCGUUCGUUUGUUUUGCAGGGAGUGUGGGGUGGGGCGGGGCGGUCUUGGGUUUUUCCUCCCUCGGCUCUCUGGUUCUAGAUCCAGGUGUGGAUCAUCUUCCUCUUCCUAAUGCCUCCUCCCCCCGUCGCUCACAUCGAGAUGUGGCCGCUAGCUCACACACAUGUGGCCGCUAGCUACACACACUCCCGCCACGAUCACUAGUUAAGUUUGGCGCUUACCACCGGCCACCCCAGCCCCGGGCAGGACCGCUCCUUUGGUGGGUGCGGGAAGGUGGGACCGGUGGCCGGGAGCAGGGCCAGGUGCAGGGCCGAGCGCUCCCACCGACUGCGGGCUCCUUCCUCCCGCCCUCUCCCUGCCUUCGCGUUUGAGCCGCCCCGCGCUGCCCAUUGGCUGGCUCCCUGGCCGGUUCUAGCUGUCACCGCCCCGGUAGGGAAUAAUGUCUAGAAUGAACUGAACUCAACUCAGAUUUGUACAGAGGUAACUGAGUGUUUUAAAGAGACUGAGGGAGUGAAAGGUGGGUGAGUGGGGGCUCGGGAGAGUCAGAGAAGUAAAAGAUUACAAAAACUGGGAAGGGGCAUUGGUUUUUGUUAAACUCAACUGGGCCCGCUGACUGGAGCUUAUGCAGUUUAGGUUCCUAACCACCCACAGAGGCUGGGAUUUCAGUUGUUGGCCAGCACAAACAGUAAAUUUUUCUGGCAGCCUGGAGUUUUCUCAGCCAGACAGUUAAAGGAAGCGAGGGUCUUCCUAGGGAUGUGGCCUUGAGCUGUUAGAAACUAUGUUAGUGUUUAAGUCUUUAUCGCCCAAGGUCGAGACCUCGUUGAGAAAGGGUUCAGAGAAGUCUGGCUAGCGUUUGGUCAGGAGAGAAUCUUUGUCAGUCGUAUGGCAGUUCUAUGUCUGACUUUGUGAGGAAUCCUGGUUAUCUUUUUGUACCUUUUGAAAUACAUAUGACUGUACUGAUACUAUAAAAAUAAAAUUAAAUAAUAAAAGGUA